CGCGCGAGGGCCAGGUCGGCACCGGCCCCGCGAGGCAAAGUCAGGCGACCCCUGGGCGGCCAUGGCCUCGCUGCUGGGAGCCUACCCGUGGCCCGAGGGACUCGAGUGCCCAGCUAUGGAAGCCGAGCUGUCGGACGGGCUGUCGCCACCGGCCGCCCCGCGCCCCUCGGGAGACAAGGGCUCCGAGAGUCGCAUCCGGCGGCCCAUGAACGCCUUCAUGGUGUGGGCCAAGGACGAGAGGAAACGGCUGGCGGUGCAGAACCCGGACCUGCACAACGCCGAGCUCAGCAAGAUGUUGGGGAAGUCGUGGAAGGCGCUGACCCUGUCGCAGAAGAGGCCCUACGUGGACGAGGCGGAGCGCCUGCGCCUGCAGCACAUGCAGGACUACCCCAACUACAAGUACCGGCCCCGCAGGAAGAAGCAGGCCAAGCGCCUCUGCAAACGCGUGGACCCCGGCUUCCUCCUGAGCUCGCUCUCGAGAGACCAGAACGCCCUGCCCGAGAAGAGGAGCAGCAGCGGCGGCGGCAGCGGCCGGGGCGCGCUGGGGGAGAAGGAGGACAGGGGUGAGUACUCCCCGGACGCAGCCCUGCCCAGCCUCCAGGGCUGCUACCACGAGGGCCCUGCUGGUGGCGCCGGCGCCCCCGGCAGCGCGGACGCCUACCCCUACGGGCUGCCCACGCCCCCGGAGAUGUCGCCCCUGGACGUGCUGGAGCCGGAGCAGACCUUCUUCUCCUCCCCCUGCCAGGAGGAGCACGCCCACCCCCGCCGGCUCCCCCACCUACCAGGGCCCCCUUACUCACCACCGGAGUAUGCCCCCAGCCCCCUCCACUGCAGCCACCCCCUGGGCUCCCUGGCCCUUAGCCAGGCCCCGGGAGUCUCCAUGUUGUCCCCCGUACCUGGCUGUCCCCCAUCUCCUGCCUAUUACUCGCCUGCCACCUACCACUCUCUGCCCUCCAACCUCCACGCCCACCUGGGCCAACUCUCUCCGCCUCCGGAGCACCCUGGCUUCGAUGCCCUGGAUCAGCUGAGCCAGGUAGAACUGCUGGGGGACAUGGAUCGCAAUGAGUUCGACCAGUAUUUGAACACCCCUGGCCACCCGGACUCGGCCACAGGGGCCACGGCCCUCAGUGGCCACACCUCGCUCUCCCAGGUGACCCCAGCAGGCCCUACAGAGACCAGCCUCAUCUCCGUCCUGGCUGAUGCCACGGCUGCCUACUACAACAGCUACAGUGUAUCCUAGAACGCAGGCGGCGGAGCCCUGGCAGCCGAGCCAGCGGAGCAGAGACUACAGUGCCACCAGCUUUCCUCCAGGCGCGCUGCAACGGGCAGGCUGGACUCGUCCUGCUCUGGGAACUGCUCUGCUGGUCCUAGUGCCCCUUCACCCUUCACACCUCACCCCUUCCACUCCUUGCAACCCGUGGUUUGAGUAUGUUCCCUCCAAUGAGUGUUGGCGGGCUACACCCCGACUGGGUGCCUCCGGUCUCCCAGGAGAAUUUUCCCUGCCCUGCGUUCCUUGUCCCAGUCCUUGAAACCACUGGAGAGAAGGCCCACGGCGUUCGAAUCUCUCCUGUUUCUGACACAACCGCACCUGAUCCGUGCUGCUGCAGGUGAGAAGAGCUCUGGGCUGGGAGCCAGGGGUCUGGGGUCCAGUCUGUGUUCAGUCUCAGACACUGGCGAGACGCCCACACACCUCUGCUCCCCUUCUGCUGGUUCGGCCCUCUGUCAGGUGGGGACAGAGUCGACAGCCCAUGCGCCCAUGGUUUGCUGGAACUCCGAGUGAUGCCGAAAAGAUGUCUGAGCCCUGGCCCCACCCCAAACAUUUCCAUCCUCCCCAAACCUCCUGUGAAGGAGCGCAGCUAACAGCAAGCUGGAAGCCAGUUGUUGGUCUUUCGACGUCAGCAUACUAUUGCCUGUAUGAAAUAUGUGUUUUAUAUAUCCUUGUAUUAUUUUCACCUUAUAUUUUGUAUUGUUGACAGAUCCUUUUAUUUCCUCCCAAGAAGUCUUCAUAUACAAUCACGUAUAAGACAUGAUUAAUCUUGAUGCUAUUACUGUAUAUGCCGUUUGGUAAUAAAUAGUAACUUGUUGAUGAUAUAAUUGGUGCACAGUCCAGGAUGUGUAUUAAUAAUCUUGUCAAACAGUGUCACAGACAUUAAGCUAAACUGUUCCUUUUUUUUUUUUUUUUUGAUAAG